AUGGCUACCAAACUCGAUCACUGCAAAAUCCUCCCUUCUUCUCCAAACCACAACGCUCAAGAACUCACUCUCCCUCUCACACAUUUCGACAUCCCAUUCCUUCAAUCCGAUCCCGACCAAACCCUAAUUUUCUUCGAUUUCCAAUGCUCCGAGCCUCAAUUCCUCGACACAAUCCUCCCCGGCCUAAAAAAUUCCCUCUCCGCUACCCUCACACACUUCCUCCCCCUAGCCGGAAACAUUCUCCUCCCUGCCGGAAACUCCAGCAUGCCGGUCAUCCGCUACCUCUCCGGCGACUCAGUCUCCCUCACGGUCGCCCGAUCCGACCAAAACUUGAGCUAUCUCACCGCGAACCACCCAAGGGCCGCCGAUGAAUUCUACCCUUGCGUCCCCCACUUGCCGCCGGUCACCUCCUCCUCCGCCGCCGCCGUGUUCCCCGCCGUCGCGUUGCAGAUCACACUAUUCCCGCAGCAGGGAAUCUGCAUCGGCGUCGCGUAUUAUCACGCCGCAGGAGAUGCUAGUAGCAUAGUCAAUUUCAUCAAAUCGUGGGCUUUUGUAAAUAAAUUUGGUGAGGAAUUUUAUCUAAAAUAUGGUGAACUUGUACCGGUAUUGGAUAGAACCCUAGUUCAAGAUCCGGAUAGAUUAGAUUCCAAAGCAUGGAAUCUCGUAAAAGAUUCUAGGGUUUUGCCAGUUGAGAUGGAAUCUACGGCAUUACCCACCAACAAAGUUCGUUCCACAUUCCUACUAACACAAAACCAAGUCCGAAACCUCAAGAACUAUGUCUUCGCUAAUAACCCUAAUUUGGACCGCGUUUCAUCCUUCGUCGUGAUCACCGCUCACGUCUGGAGAUGUCUGGUUGAAUCCGACGGCGGCGGCGGCGGCGGCAGUGACGAGGCCGUGUUCUUCAUGCUCGCCGUGGACUGCCGGGGGCGCCUGCGUCCGCCUCUUCCCGCGGCUUACUUUGGGAACUGCGUGGUGGCCGCGGUUGCGGAAUCGAGGCGGGGACUGCUGCUGGAGGGAAAAUUAGGGUUUCUCGCCGCGGUGGAGUCCUUGGCCGGGGCGAUCGGGAGGGUUUUGCACGGCGAGGGAGGGAUCGUGGAGAGCGCGAAAUGGCCGUUGGACUUCGCCGAUUUUGGCGGGAAAUAUGUGGUCGCAGUGGCCGGUUCGCCGAGGUUUGACUUGUACGAAGCCGACUUCGGGUGGGGGAGACCGAGGAAGUGCGAGUACGUGCAUCUCGAUAGGGAGAGAUCGAUCUCGGUGGCGAAAUCGAGGGAGUUUGAGGGGGGAUUCGAGAUCGGAUUGUCGAGGGGGGAGGCGGAGAUGGAGGUUUUCGAGUCCGCGUUUCAUCGAGGACUCGAAGAAAUCUUGAAGAUGUAA